GUUUGGCAUGAUAGAUCCGAUCGAUCUACCUCGAGCCGCGAACAAUUACAAGAAGGACAAGUGCGCAAUCCCGUACAAACUGGCUGAAACUACCGGUCUGAAGUACAAGCACCUGGACAUCUUCGACCUCUUCCUGAACAGACUGGGCGCUGCACUACAGUGGUACAAGUCGCCGAAGCACACCAUUGUUGCCGCGGACGAGGAGAAGAAAGUCCUGGCGUGGGUGCGAAGUGGAUGCAUCUUUGCCAUCAACUUCCAUCCCCACAACGAGCAGACGGACUUGAGAAUAGACUUGCCGAAGGGUACGGAUCUCGCCCGAGAAGUUGUUGUCGCAUUGGACACUGAG